AAUGAGUGUCAAAUACACCUCCACACGAGCACCGGAACGCCCAUUCACCGGUUCCGAACGUCUGCGUGUCCACAUGGUGUCGUUGUGAGGGGCCUGUUAUAUUCUGUUUUCCUUCGACAUUUUUUUUCUUCCUCAUACAAUAGUCAGGCUUGGAUUGCAGCUCCACUGCGGAAUUCAGCCCGUCCGGAAACAACAUCCCCCUAUUUCGACACCUUCACCAGAGACACAGCCACCAUGUCGGAGCGAGUGACGAGAUCACAGACAGGCAAGACACCGAGGAAGCCGAUUAACCCUGGUUUCGUCGAGACGCCCGGCCGCCGCAAGUCUUCGCGCAAGUCUGUUCUGGUCGAUCGCGAGUACUCUGAGACGCCUGAGCCGUUUCCAUCCUUGACCGACGAGAGCGAGAAGGACCAGAAUGGUGCUGCAGUGAAUGGAAGUGCGCGCAGCACCGGCGUCGCGAACGGAAAUGCGAAUGGACAUCUCAACGGCAGCGCGAACGGGCAUGCGAACGGCACCGUCAAGGCUUCCAAUGCCGAGCAGGAUAAGAUCAAGAAGCUCGAUAAUCCCGCCAUCGACACCUCCGGGAAGCGCGAAUUCGGCGGCUCCUUUGGCAUGAGCGCCAUGAUGAUCGGCUUCCCCGCGCUCAUGUACUACAUGUGGGCCGGUACCGUUGUUUACGAUGGCAAGCUACCCCGUCCUGCCGAAGGGGAAUCCUGGGGCGACUUGUUCUGGCACCUGGUUUACCUGGUCAAGACGCAGGCGUACCCCACUCGCCAGGCGUGGACGAUCUACUGGAGCUUUGGACUCGUACAGAUGGCCUUCUAUAUGCUUUUGCCGGGUGUAUACCGCAAGGGCAAGCCUCUGCCGCAUUUGGGAGGCAAGCAGUUGACCUACUACUGCUCCGCCAUGUGGUCUUUCUACACCUCCAUCGUUAUCGCCCUGACCCUGCAUUUCACUGGCAUCUUCAAGAUCUACACUGUCGUGGACGAGUUUGGCCCGAUAAUGUCGGUUGCAAUCAUCUCCGGCUUCAUCGCUUCCUUCGUCGCGUACUUCUCUGCUUUGGCCAGGGGUGCCACUCUCCGCAUGACAGGCUACCCAAUUGUGGACUUCUUCAUGGGCGCUGAGUUGAACCCACGUCUGUUUGGCAUUCUCGACUUCAAGAUGUUUCUUGAAGUGCGAAUUCCUUGGUUUAUCCUGUUCUUCUGCGCGCUGGGCGCCUGCCUGAAGCAAUUUGAGCUGUACGGUUAUGUCAGCGGAGAGGCAUUCUUCCUCGUCCUCGCACAGUACCUCUAUGCGAACGCCUGCUCCAAGGGCGAGCAUCUCAUCAUCACGACUUGGGAUAUGUAUUAUGAGAAACUCGGCUUUAUGCUUAUCUUCUGGAACAUGGCGGGCGUGCCCUUCUCCUACUGCCACAGUAUCAUAUACAUCGCCAAGCACCACCCCUCGGAGUACAGACAUUCGCCCAUCCUCAUCGCGAUUCUGUGCAUCGCAUACCUUGGUGUCUACUAUGUCUGGGAUACAACCAACAGCCAAAAGAACCAGUUCCGCCAGGAAGAAAGCGGCGAGGUAUUCGAGCGCACGACAUUCCCCUACUUCAAAUACGGCAAGAUCCACAACCCCAAGUACAUCCAGACGAAGCACGGAAACAAAAUCCUCGUAGACGGGUGGUACGGCAAGGCCCGCAAAAUCCACUACACGUGUGAUCUGUUCUUCGCCCUCUGCUGGGGCCUCAUCACGGGAUUCAACUCCGUCUUCCCCUGGUUCUACUCCGUCUUCUUCUUCGGCAUGAUUCUGCACCGUGCGAAUCGCGAUAUCAAGCGCUGUCGGGAGACGUAUGGGGAGGCGUGGGAGGAGUAUACCAGGAGGGUGCCUUAUCUGUUCAUUCCCGGAGUGAUAUAAUUCAGAGAAGACGUGUUGGGAGGAUGAGGCAUGAUGUUACGGCGAUGUAAUUUUGAAUCGGACAAGACUAAGGUUGGAGAGGUAAUUUAUUGUCUAAUGUUGCUUAUUCGUCAUCCGUAUAUUUUUGAUUAUUUUCAAGCUCGCUUUCUGGGAUGUUGUAUUCCUACCAUUCUUUUCUUGAUUUUUCGAAGUUGAAGUAGUAUUAGCAGGCGUGCUGCAUCCGGCGUAACAAGCACGGCCCACGAAGAAGGCAUG